GCCACUUCGUAACGUGGGCCCGAGUCAAUAACAACUGAAAUCAAUCAUUGAAAUAACAACAAUCGUUGCCGGCGGCUUCAAUGCCUGUCUCAAUCAACUGAACCAGAGCUCCAAUACGGUCUUUCGAGACACUCGCGGACUACGUUUGCUCAAUAAUGCGCAGCUCGACACCAUCUUUCAUAGGACAUGCAGGAAGUCCGAUUAUCUAUAUAUGUGCGACGAACGUGACCAAAUAUAAGAUUAUGAAGCGGUAAUUGCAUUUGUGAUCAUCAUAAACGAGAAUUUUGUGACGCGAUUAAAAUAGAAAUCAGCCAAAAUAACGGAGACGAAUGCGUCUAAAUGAGAAUACCGCGUUGGUUGGUGUCAGCGUCGUGUUGGUCCCAUACGAAACGCAUCACGUCGAAAAAUACCACAAAUGGAUGGAAAAUGCCGAUCUGCAACUUUUAACAGGCUCGGAAGCGUUGACGCUUGAGCAGGAGUUCGACAUGCAACGAACGUGGAGGGAAGACGCUGACAAGUGCACGUUCAUUAUUCUGGAUCGCUCAAUACUCGAGGCAAGUGCUGGUAGAGACGAGAUCUCGGCGAUGGUCGGUGACGUGAAUCUGUUCGCGAUACAACUUGACGAUGACCAUGAAAAUGCAGCCCAAGAACAAGCAAACGCACAACCGGCCAAAAAAAACGAAACUGCGCUGUGGCAGGCAGCCGAGUGCGAAAUCAUGAUCGCCGAGGAAACUGCUAGACGGAAAGGCUAUGGAAGGGAAGCCAUGCUCCUUAUGAUGAAGUACGCCGCGGAGAACUUCUGUCCCAGGGUGUUUGUGGCAAAGAUCAAAAGCGACAACACGAUAUCACAAAACAUGUUCAACAAAAUGGGAUUUGUGAAGCAGUCUGAAAGUGAAAUCUUUCAUGAAGUUACCAUGAUGGCACCCAGUGAAAAACUAUUGGUCCAUUUCAAUAACGUCGUUUCAAAAUCUUGUAUGUACUCAGCCUGGAGAAAGCACCCUACGGCUCCAAGCUAGCUAUAGACUGAAGUCCAUACUACAAACUCAGGAUGGGCAGGACUAAGCUCGUAUUGUUAAUAAAGCACUUACUAUAAUAUUUAGAUUCAAUGGGCAGAAAUUGCGUCGUUAUUUUGUUCUUGCUCAUGGAGUAACUUUAAAAAACAUUCGGCACACCAAUUGUCGAAAUAAAAUGCACGAAUGGGGUGUUAUUAAACAGAAUUCCGUUAGCCAGCUAACGUGCUACAACCUAUACUUGCAGGAUUUGCAGAGACGUCAAAUCUACUCCAUCGGCAAGUGUGCUCUUUUCUAGAAUAGUAGUUCCCUAUGCUAAUAAAUUUGCUAAAAAAAAAACAAAAAACAGUUUGUAUGUGCUCUAUGAUCUUAAAACUGGGGACUUUCUAAUACCUGCUGCAUCCUGCGCGCAUUGCAACUCAUUCCAUACGGUUUGUACCUUGUGCAGUACAGAGUCUUCAUAGUAGGUAUCUGAUGUAGAAACAGUGUAAUAACUAACGGUAUAUGUUGCAGGACAGAUCUGAUUGAA